AACCAAGAGGCCAGAUGGCUUGCAAAUGGCCUGUGCUGACCACAGGGACAACUACUACCCUCGUUUCUUGACGAUGCUGCAGUAUGAGGGUAUUUCUCAUCACAGGCACACCGUCUACUGUAUGUGUGCAAUAGUAGUAAUUGUGUACACAGAUAUGCAGGUAAUAAGUAAUGUGACGAGCUGGACAUAGUUAGACCAGUGGUGCCUCAAAUUGAAAACACCUGAAGACCUGAGUGUAUUCUCCAAAAAGUCUCGUUCUUUCUGCGUAUUACUUUUGGAAGACCAGGUUGGCAGGUGGGCCGGUGCCAAGAUUGCCCAUCAUCGAUCUGUUGAUCGGCCGUGGGUGUAUACGACGUAUACUGAAUGUGUCCGUUGGUGUGUCAUCCAGACCAGUUGUGCCUUGUUUUCGGUGGGGUUUCCAUCACGCUCUUCGCGCUGCCAAGUGCAGACUCCGCAUCUCUUUGGUUCGGGGCUCCGCAUCCACCGGCCCGCGCCACCAGCGUUGCGCCACUAGCGUUUCGGUCCGCUCGCACCCCACGGUGGAGCACCGGCCCGGCCAUGCUGACCUUCACCGUGGCGGCCACCGAAGCGGCCCCUUCGGCGUCGCUGUGGAGAGCUGUGAAGCCAGUUAGAGCGGCAGAGGGACACAGCCAGUUCGAUGGACACAGCCCUCCUGUCGCUGCCGCCCUCCUCGCCGGAACGGCCCUCCUCGCCUCGCCCAGAACCGCCCGGCGUCGAGGGCGUCGGGCACCGGUGUCGGCCACGAAAGGUGACGAAAUCAAGUUUGCCUCCAAAAGCAGCGGCGAGGCGGCGGCGUUGCCGACCCUGCCCCUGCAGCAGCGUGCCCAGGGCAUCGCUGAAGCGUUACCGGCCCUGGCGCGGCUGAGUGGAUCCAUUGUGGUCAUCAAAUACGGCGGUGCCGCCAUGGUCGAGAGCCCGGAGCGCACCAUCCGCGACGUGGCCACGCUCGCUGCAAUGGGCCUUAAGCCAGUCUUAGUGCACGGCGGCGGCCCCGAGAUUAACAGCUGGUUGGCCAAGGUAGGCAUCGAGCCCAAGUUCGUGCGUGGACUGCGUGUGACAGAUGCAGAGACUAUGGAGGUGGUGGCAAUGGUUCUCAUGGGCAAGGUGAACAAAGGCAUUGUCGCCACCAUGGGUGCUGCGGGAGUGGCCGCUGUGGGGCUGAGCGGUGUCGAUGGUGGUCUUCUGGAGGCCAAGAAGGUGGACGAUGAAGAGCUGGGCUUCGUUGGAGAGGUCACAGGUGUCCGGGGGGACGUGCUCCUCAGUGCCCUUGAGGAAGGGUUGGUGCCGGUGGUGGCGACGGUGGCCGCAGAUGCAGAGGGAAACUUCUUGAAUGUCAAUGCGGACCUUGCGGCCGCCGCCAUCGCGCGAGCCCUCGAGGCGGACGAGUUCGUGCUUAUGACCGAUGUGCCCGGCAUUUUGCGCGAUGUCAAGGACCCGGACUCCUUGAUCUCGGAGGUGGAUGAGACCGGCGCAGAGAAGCUCAUUGAGGACGGUGUGGUGGCUGGGGGCAUGAUCCCGAAGGUCACAUGCUGCUUGAGUGCUAUCAAGGAUGGUGUUCAGGCCACGCACAUCAUCGAUGGCCGUCGGCCGCAUGCGCUGCUGGAGGAGCUGUUUUCCACCGGCGCCGGCAAGCAGGGGACCACCAUCAGACAAAACUGAUGAUCAGUUGCUGCUUGAACCUGCAAGGCAGGUCCCCGUGUAGAUCCCGAAAUUCGAGGAUCACUGUCCAGAAGCGGGUGAUCGUUGUGAUUCCCUGAACACUUGUUGACCAUGAGUUAAUAAGUUAAUGAGUAGGCUGUUGAUACGCAAGCGUGCCAACGAUGCACCAGCCAGCAACCUGCGCCGGGCACAAGCAGCCAGUGCGGCAAGGUUGGCUUGUGAUGGAGUCGCAAGCUUUUCUUAAUGGGAUGACUGAAGCUGGACACAGUUGACAGGUUCAGUUGCCUGGUAUCCGC